AGUAUUAAGGAUGCCCCGAAACUUUUCCUCUCGUUUAUCCCGUCACUGCGUAUCCCGCAGUGCCUAUGUCUAGAUUGUGUCCAGAUUUAGAAAAUAACCACAAGUUGUUCGUUGUUUGUAAGAGGUCAAAAUUCCCAAGAAAUAUACCAGUUGUGAAAUUCAGCACCCGGCCGCACUGAAUAUCGGGCCAUGGAGGAUUUUAUCGCCGCACGUCUAGCGGAGACGCUGGCGCGCGCCAAAGCCGUUGCGAAGGAAGCCCAGGAGCGCAUAUCUGCACGAACCGCGCCUGUUGGUCCGACCGUCGGCCAAACCACAGAGGCGCGCCGAAGUACUUCGCCGGAUAGUUCCUUCACAGCUUCCGCGCAGAAGAGGAGCCACGCAACGCGAUCGAGAUCAACUUCGCAGAUGCUGCGGGCCAAAGUGCUACCGAUCACAUUGGACGAUUUGCUGUUGGAUAGAGAUGCUGUUGACCAGAAUCAGUCACCAGACGCGAGCUGCAAAACUAUUGUUGCGAGUGCCGAAUGCGAUCUGCAGCGCAACGAGCUGCAAGAGCUGCGGGCAGUCGAUACUACUACGUUCGAACCACAAAGAACCGUGGUCGUCAAAAAUGAUCGUCAACGAACCAACUGCAGCUGUAGCCCGCCCGUUGCACCGAGUGCGUCGCAGCCUUCCGGAUCCAACAGGAAACCGCCCAGCACCAUACCAAGUUCGUCCGUCCCGGCGGUUCCCGGGCUGGAUCUAGCGGCCUUGAAAAGACGAAGACGGGAUCUGAAAAAACUGAGUCUCACAAGUAAGCCGUUCGUGCAGACCACGAAAAAUGCGAAGGUGAUGCUACCCUUCGUGUUCAUGGACCUGAACGAAAGCAGCGACCACGGGAGUAGUAUGAACUUGAACGAUAGCACGAGCGAGGCGAAUUUAUCCAGCCACGACGAGGGUGCGCGCAACAGCGUGGCGAGUACCAAGGAAGCGAAGGAAAAGGCAAAUCCGGACCGGGCGGAAACGGUGGACGACGCUGCUUUUCUAAAUCCACCGGCGGCCCCAACCUCGUCCACCGAGAGCAGAGCCGUGCGGGCGGAGGGGUCGAUCCUGCCCAUGGAUAUCGAAAACAUUGCCGAGCUAGCAUCGGAGUCCGACGAGCUGGGGCCUCCUGAGCCGGUCGACGCCAAUCAUCUGGCAGGAAGCGAGGCCACCGCAAGCGCAAGUGCUGUGGAUACGAGUGUGACCGCGUCCGCAGGAACAUCUGCAGCAGCUGCAGCUGGACAGGCGCCUGACGCCGGGAGCGCCCGUGCAGGAUCUUCGGACGCGAAUGAGCAAAGCAGCACCCCACAGGAUACGACGAGAACGGAAGUGACAUCCAAUCCUUCCGAGCAUUCCACCUUGCGGUCGCUGUACUUGGCGACGGGAAACAAGGAUAAGCGCGGGCCGACUGGCGGCAGGCCGCCGCCGAAAGUCACGCAGUCAAAGACCCCUCCGCUGAGCAGCAGUUCGCUCACUGCGACGGGUCAAACCUCCCAACAGGCGGCGUCAAAACUGGGUACGCGCGCGGCGGGCGCCCAAGCCCAGCCUGAAACACCAUCAGUCUAUUCCGCGCGUAGCAGCAGCGCGUCGAGCGAUGUGCCGACGAUGGUAGGGACAAGCGUGCUCGUGAUGAACAGUGGCGACAAGAAGAGAAGCCAGAGUCUCGAGCCAGCGGCACUGCGGGAGAACUUUUUGCAGUACUCUCCCGGGGUUCGCCCGGGGCAGCUUGGCGCGAUUCGGAACGCGCGCGCGAGGAACCGGAAGCAGCGCGCCGAGGCCUACAGCCAGCAUCUGUACGAAAAGCACCAGGCAUAUGAGGAAGAUAAGCGGAGCAAGCGGGAGCAGCAGGAGCUGGAAACCCAGACGGAGCGGGAGCACGGUAGGCUCCGCUUGCUGCUGCAGCACAAGAACAGAAAGCGGCUGCUCUCGCCCGAGCAGCAAAGCUCCAGCACGGGCCUCCCCGGCCUGGAGGACAGCAAGAAGCUGGUCAGCCAGUUGUCGCGGCGGAACAAGGAGGAGGUGGCCGAGAUCACGAAACGCCUCUACGAUGGCGCGUUGCACCACCGGCAGGAGGAACUCGAGUACCGGAAACUGGAGUUCCAGAAGCCGCUGCUAGACGAGCAGAAGCAGCGGGCGCUUGACCGGAAAAAGGCGGUGCAGUACUACCACCACAUGGUGCGCCCACACGCCCCGCCGGUGGAGAGGCCGCGCGCGAGCCGGAGUCUGUCGGCCGUGGGCUUCCAUGACCGGCUGGACCACGAGGUGAACUAUCGGAAGCGGAAGCUUGCGGAGCGGCAGGCAAAGCAAAUCGCGGAGGCCGAUGAGCGGAUCAAGGCCGCACAGCAAAAGUUGCACGAUCGCAACGAGGAGCACUUCCACGGCCGACACGGGGAGGCGGGGCCCAGCUCUCCCUUCCAGCGCAGCCCCAAGGAGCUGCAGAUCUGGCUGCAGACCGUGCUCGGCGAGCGCGAGCGCAGCCUCCGCGAGCGGUCGCGCGAGCGUGAGGAGCGGGAGAAGCAGCAUUUGGAAAAGGAGCUGGGGGUUUUCUGGAAAAAGGAAGAGGAGCUGAAGGCGCGCGUGUCCGCGGAUCAGCUGGACGAUCGGUUUGAGUCGCUGUACGAGGAUGCGAUGCAACGACUCGAGACCCAGGAGCAGCGAAAAGCAGCGAAGGCCGCAGAGGAGGCGACCUCCCUCCGCGCAGCGCGGGAGCGGGUCGCUCUCGACAUCGAGACCAACGCGAGCACCGUGGCUCCCAAGCGAAAAUACAACAAGGAUUCCACGGUGUUUGACGUGCUGUACCAGAACGCGACCGUCCGGAAGAAGGCGAUCGAUCGGCGGAAGAAGGAAGAGGAUUACGAUCUGCAAAUGGACAUGCGGCGCGCUGGCGCCCACGUGCGGAACAAGGUCAACCGGCAGUACGACAAGCACUGCGGGCCCGCCAUGAAAAAGGUCCGGGAACAGUCUUCCACCUUCGAGCGGCUCCACCUGCGCACGGACCAGCUCAUCGAAAAGUGCACGACCGAGGGCGGCGCCAUGUCCGUGAGCUCGCUGCCGCGGUCGAUUCUGAAGCAGAAAGAAAAAAAAGAGCACUACGCGCUCGGCCCGGCCGCGUGUUUCGAAGCCGAGCUGGCGACCUUUGAUCCGCAAACCGGGGCACGAAAGAGGGUCGACUACGCCCACAUUCAGAACCUGCACGAUCAGCACUUGAUCAAACAGGUCCGCCGCGUGCAGCUGGUCAUCGCGAGGGACGUUUUGUGGGACCGGCUCUUGCGGCUGGCGCGGGAGCGGGUCGCGCAGACGACCAACGGGACCGGGAUGGAACUGCAUCGCAAACUGCAGAACCUCGACACUGUCGCCAACCAGGUCACGUUUUUGAAGGAGCAGGUGGAUCUGUUGAAAGCCGAGGCGACGCGACGGGAGCGCGAAGAACAAGCGAAAGUAAUAGAUGUUGGCGUUGAUGACACGACCGCCUCUGGCGCAGCAGCCCGGGUUAAUAGUAAAACUCUUGCGGAGGUAGACGACAUCCCAGCGAGAUUUUCACCCGCAGGCCGUGGCAAGAAGGUGAAGCAAAAGCAGCCGUGGCAGCCGCACUGGCACAAGCUGGACGUGCUCGAGCGGGUACAGCCGGACCGGAAAAUUUUGGAAACCGUCCUGGACAGGGAGGAUGCCGACGAGACGGCGAAGAGCCACGAGGUUGCGGAGUUGGUGGCUUUCGCGGAGACCCGGGUGUACAACAAGGCGUUUUCCAAAGACAGCAAAAAUGGCAUGGUGGUCAAGAAGAAGGAAGCCACGACAUCAUCGCCGGUGACUGCGUUGAGUGCCCAGGAGUUGAAAGAACUGGUGAGGGACUUCGAACAGCGGUACCUGGUAGCGCGGGAAAAGAUCCCCUUCCUUGCGGACGCCUAUGACGUGUCCGUGAAGCAGACCCGGGAGGCCGCGGCGAAGUCGGCCGGAUUUAAGGACUUGGAGCUCACCAGCAGCAAGGAGGUCAUCGCACACACCGCGAAGCGCCGCGCUAUUACGACACACCCGCUUCAGCGCAUGAAGGCCAAUUCCGGCAGCCAGUCCAACCACUCCAUCACGAGCAGCCUGCGUGUCACAAGGCCGGGAACCGACGCAAAAGCGGCCGGGAAAGGAGUUCGGAUUGCUCCUGCAGCAUCUUUAUCAUCCGCGGGAGUAAUGAACGAUAUCUUGGAGGGUGGUGCGGAGUCUGACGCGCUGAUGCAAUCCGCCGGGGAGAUGAUGCCCGACCACGACCGCGACAUGCUGUCUGCGGGGGAGCAAAUGCACUUUGCGGGCGAGGAAGUUGAUCUCGCGUCGAGCAAAAAUGAGAAAGAACCCGGCCUCAAGGGGGGCAUGCGGAGAUCGUUUUCCAAUCCAGGGUCGAAGCAGACGAGAAGAAUGCAGGACCAGAAGCAAACCAAGCUCGCGUCCCGCUGGCUGGCGUCGCAGCACCACAGUCCCCCGAAGUCGCAGCCGAGACUGGUGAAGCAGGUGGAGAUUGUGAAUCUGACUGCCACGGAGACGAAGACCGGGAAAAAGUCCACGGUGUUGGUGGACCCCAGCGAGUCGCUGCUCGACAAGCACCGGCGUCUGACCGCGGAGGCGGAGCUGAUGCGCGCUUUGGCGUUGGAGGGCGGCAAGCCUGCGGCAGACCUGGCGAACGUGGCGGACAAGCAGCGGGCCUGGCUAACGGAAUCCGAGUUCUUGCAGAAUUCGGAGCUGAUUUCCCCGCGGCGAAAAUUGUUCAACCCCCGCACCCGGGUCCGCAGCAUGUCGCCGUCCAACAGCUACAACGCCGUGGACGGGAAGUUUCUUGCGAAAAACAAGGCCCUGCUCUUCCACGAUGAGCAAGUGGAGGUGGCGUUGCGCGAAGCCACUGCGGACCUUGUGGAGGUGAUGGAAAAGCAGCUGUUUCCGGAGGGCUUGUUUCUCCCAAUAACAAGAAGUUCUGUUUUUACCAGCAGUCUCGACGAGCAGUUCAGGGACAGCAAUGCGAAAAUCGCGAAAUUGCUGUCCUGUUCGAGGGGGUUCAAGCAGCCGCCGAAAGCUGGAACAAAUCUCUCUUCAACAUCAUCAGCUGCAACAACGACCUCAUCUCUACUGCAAAUAACCGGCGACGAAGCUGCGCUUUCCUCCCUCGCGGCGAAGCAACAGGAGAAGAUCACCACCCUGGCGCAGCACGCACGGUUCGUGAUUGCGGACGAGUUCGGCGAUCCGCGGGACGUAGUAGUGGACUUGAAGCCGAUAGACAAUUUCACGGGCCAGAAUCGCGGCCCUCUAGCUGCCACGCGGCAAACGUCGUUCCGCGACCUGGACCGCAAGCAGGGAAAGCACCUCCGCCACGACGCGCGCAGCCCGUCGCGGAUCGCGCGGACCAUCCAGGCGCUGGACUCCGGGAAGUUGAACUUAGAGGAAGUGGUUCGCCUCACGAUCGCGAAGUGCCUGACGACCAGCGAGAACAACGUGAACACCUCGAACAGCACGCGGAAGGAGAGCGUGCUGAAGAAGCACAAUGUGCUGGUCACCCAAUCCGUGCUGGAAACCGAGCUGACGCGGCAGUUCGAGCGGUACGAGAACAAAAAGGAGAUCGACUUCAAGACGCUUGCGUUCUACUGCCGCCAGAUUUUGGCGCUGGUGAUCAAGCGGAAGCACGCGCACGUGCAGAAGGCGCGCGAGGAGCAGGCGGCGGUAAAGAUCACCGAGGAGCUGCGGAACGCGCAAAGCAAGCGGAGAGCCGAAAUCGACGCGUACCGCAAGCGGUUUCUGGACUUGACCCGGUUCGAGCACACCACCGUGCGCCCGACGAUCGCGCACCCCUGUCUGAUCGGCACGGAGAAGGAGAAGGAGGAGAGCCGCCAGCAGCUGGAGCAGACGCUGGGCAAGAAGCUGGAGCGCGCGGAGAAGGUGCUGGCGUUGACGGCGCAGCGGAGGAGCGAGAGGCGCGGGGCGGAGAAGAAGAGUCACGAUCACCAGGAGAUGCUGCGGAGCAGUAGUAGACGCGGUUCGAAGAUGGCCAGUGGUGCGGCCGCCGGCGGGUUCUUCGAAAACGCGACUCAGUGGAUUCCGACGAAAAACGUCAAGGCGGAGAACCGGAAGUCACUUGCGGGCGCAACAGGUUCAUCUUCCGACGCAAUGGUGAACAUUCAGGAGAUGGUCAGCGAGAUUCAGACCUACGGCUACCAGCCUGCGGAGCGGGUUUCCCACGCGGCCAAGAUGGCGCUCGCGAAGAGGAAGGAAGCAAGACGGCGCACGACGUCCGUCGGAUUCGCCGCGCCCGACGUGCUGAACUUUUCCGUGUCGGACCAGGGAACCGAACAGAUUUACAGCACUACUUCAGGGGAAGAAGCGGAGAUGUCGUAUCCCCGCCCGCGGCCGGUCGAGACGGCACUGUACGACGGGCAGCUCGACUCCGAGUCAGAGGACCAUGUGGAGCUAGACUCCAGCCUCGGCGGAGGUCCUUCUGGCGACAUUCUGUCGCCAUCCAAAGACAAUGUGCUGUCCUCGACCAACGAGAGCGCGUCGAUCAUCGGCGCGCCGACGGACGGACAGGUGACGAGGAUGAAACAAGGAACUAGUGAUCUCGAAACUGGACAGGCAGAAGCGCGAGUGCCGAGUACGCUUUACCAGCUGGGCCAGAAUUCCGACUCCUCCUUGGAGGAGAGGCCAGACUUCAUGCCGGGCGAGCCGCAAGACGCAGUUUUGACUGCAGAUCGCGACGAGCAAAACCUCCACCGGUACUACACCACGGCCAGCAUGGAAGAGUUCGAGAGCGACCCGGACGCUAAAGCAGCUGAAGCUGUGGAUUCGAAUGAGGAGAAGAAUCCUGCAGCUGCGCUCUCCGUCAGAGACUCGGCUGCCGCCGCCUCCGGUUCCGUAAGUAGAGCCUCCGACUCCGCACGACUGUCAGCUGGUAUAAUAUCAUCGGGGGAUCCCGUGAGCAACUAUCCGGAGAGCAGCACGGUGGACCCGCUGGCUUCCGCCGCCGAAAAGAUGAUCUCGCAGCAAGAUUCUGCGAUGUUGGAAGAGCUCGAGGAGGACGCUGGCGCCGUGCCAGCCAAAAUUUUAGAAGAAGCCGUAGACUGAACUGCUCAAGGCGAGCCGUAAAGGAACUUAGCGCAAAAACACAAGUAAGUACCCCUUGAUUGUUGUUUGUGCGACACAUUUUACGGAUAUAAUCUUCUAGUUGUGUGUGUUUUCAUCUUUUUGUUUCAAGUUUUUGCUUUCAGGACCAAACAAAAUGUUUUUCGCACCAACACCGCGAGCAAGCUGUUUCUAAAAGAAAAAUCGAGCGAAGCGAACUAAUUCGAA